UAUAGCUCCGCCGUUGUAAUCAUGGCGGCGUUAGUCGGUGUCAUGGCCUUGGCUUUCGCUGGUCUAGUGCCAUUGAGAUCUUUGGCUUAUCUCGCUAGAAAAUGCGGCAAGAAAGAUUUAGCUCCGCGCCGUGACCAUCUAGCAGACGACGCGGCCUGUUGCUUCAUGUGGGCUUUUAAUCAGUUGCGCUCCAUUCUGGGCUACGGCGGCAACGGCGGCGGGGUCGCCGACGGCGAACAUAAAUGUUCAGAUUGCUUGCUGCCCCGGAGGCAACAUGGUGAUCGGGAACCAAGUUCAAGGUUCCCCAUGAGGUGGCGAUUUUCUCAGGUGAAGCAGAAGCAGGAGACCCCGGGGGAAGGCGUGUCUGUCAGGACCCAAGAUUCUGAAGAAAUGAAGUAAUGAAUGCUAGUUCUUAUUUGUUUUUCAUCUCUG